AUGAGACAGUUAAUCCCCUUAAAGUACUGUUGCGUUGCUGAUUCCAUCUAUCGUGUGUGUUUUGUUUCCUUGUGUUUUAGUCCAUCUCCUAAUUUUCAUUGUUCUCCCCUGUUCCCCCCGUUUUUUCUCCUUCUUGCUACCAAAUACCGUGUGCGCGUUUGCUCCCGACAUGGCUUUCAUUUUUGGGUUGUCUUCAACCGAAGGAGGACUAGUAUAUUCGACCCUCAAGCGCGCAGCAUGCUUUCGUAUACAGUGAAGGAGGAAGUAAAGGAUGAAAAGCUCCCCGGAGCUAACAACUUCGCUGACGUCGGAGGAUCAUUGGAGGAUGAGGAACCCAUGACGCUGUACACGUGCGCGAAUUGCACGCGCGUUGUAGCAUUAUGCCCGUCCUCCCAACUCAUGUGUACGCAUUGCGUUCAUCGUACGGGUUCCUCUACAGUGUUCUACAAGGUUCGCCAGCAACCCACAACAUAUGACACUAUUUGA